AUGCCGCACUGGGAAAAAGAGCAAGAGAGGUUAUUGAAGCUAUGGGAAGAACUAGAACAAGAAGCAGCAUCUGGAUCGGAAGCAGAAGAAAAUAAUAGUGAAAGGUCUACAAAUUCUGAUACAGAGCAAGAAAUAGAUGAGGAAAAUAUACUUCACAUGUCCGAGGCUACAACAUGCACAUCAAAUGAUAUAUACAUGGGAAAAGAUGGAGUUACAAAAUGGAGCAAAACUUGUGAAAAUUUAGCUGUGAAAACAAGAGCUGAAAACAUAAUUUCUCAUUUACCUGGAGUAAAAACAGAUUUCAAAAACAUCAAAGAGCCCUUGCAGAUUUGGAAAUGUUUUUUUACGGAACAAAUGCUCUCUGAUAUUGUAAAAUAUACCAAUGACAAGCUAAAUGAAAAAGCAAAAAACCAUAGUCGCCCUGAUACUCAACAUCUCACAAAACAUACAACAUUGGAAGAACUUCAAGCAUUUUUGGGACUUCUAUAUGUAGCUGGUGUUUUAAAGUCGGCAAGACAAAAUUUGGACGAACUAUGGUCUACUGAUGGUUUGGGAGUUGAUAUCUUCAGGCUUGAAAGUCACAGGGUACUGGACAAAUUGGAGUACGAAGAUUUGAGGGAGACGAACACAUGUGUCGACGCCGAAGAACACUAUGAUCCAGAGGACCAUGUCAUAAAUAUUCCGACGUUGCAUCUCCAAGACAACGUUGGUGAUGCUAUUAAAGCAGGAAAUGCAUAA